CUCUCUCUCUCUCUCUCUCACACACACACACACACACACACACACACACACACACACACACACACACACACACACACACACACACUCUCUCUCUCCUUCAUACCCCGUGAUAUAUAUAUAUAUAUAUAUAUUUUUUUUUAUUGCGAUUUUCCCACGCUAUGUCUGCCACUUCGUCGUGGUUGUUACUGUUGUCGUGCAGGGGAUGUCCAAGUCAUCGGCUCUCAAACACCUCCAGGAGGAGAUCAAGAAACAUUUCACGAUUGAGGGGACACGGGGAAAGAAUGUGAAAAAGGGAUCGAAGUACUGGAGGUGUAACUACUGCGACUGGCGGUUGGCCGGGACUGCCACAAGGCUCCGGGAUCACUUCUUGGAGAGGUGCACCCUUGACAAUGUCAUUGUCCAGUUGUCAGUGGAGGAGAGGGCAAGGAGGGAAGCUGGAAUGUCGGAGGCGAAGUGCAUUGCUCGCAUGUUGCUGCAGUGCGAGGCUCGAGGAGCUGGGCCCAGCAACAUGUCGACAGCCGCAGGAGUAGCCGGUCCCAACAACAUGCGGACAGCCUCAAGUCAGGUACCGCAGUUUCCCAGCUCACAGGUCGGUGGUGCGGGCGUCACUGGCGAGACGGCCACACCUCAGUCCACUGCCGACACCGUUCUUGGGUCGAAGCCAAGUUCGGGGAGGCCGCUGAGGCAGACUGUGAUCGAGGAAGCCGACAGUGUGAUCACAAUGAAUGAGCGGACCAACCGGUUCCUUGACCGGUUUCUGAUAUGCACCAACCAGCCAUUCAGCUUGGUGGAGGACGUCCACUUCCUCGAGUUCCUUCAGGCCGUGAGGACGGCCCAUCCGACAUGGAUGCCUUGCAGAAGGGACGAGCAGCGGACAAAGAGGUUGGACGCAGAGUAUGCACGGGUAGGGGCGGAGGUCCGUGCGAUGAUAGUGAAAUGGAAGAAGACAAGGUGUAUGAUGCAUAUGGACGGGUGGUCGGACUGCCACAACAAACCGCAUUUGAAUGUGAUGGUGUCCUCACCCGUCGGUACUGUGUUUUGGAAGUCCGUCUGCAUGGAGGGCAAGGAGAAGGAUUCUGCAGCGUAUUUUCGAGUGUUGGACGAGGUGAUUAAGGAAAUCGGGGUGGAUGGGAUCGUUGGCGUUGUCAUGGACAACGCGAGGGUGUGCGUGAAGGCAGGGAAGAUGGUGGAGGCCGCCUAUCCGACCAUCUUAAGCCUUGGUUGUACGGCACAUGCGCUGGACCUGGCGAUGGAGGACAUGUACAAGGAAAUGCCUUGGAUGACGCAGGUUGUCGACGCCGGCAACAAGGUCGGCCGUUUCUUCUCGAAUGUGGACAAGGCAAGGGCCUUGUUCCACCAUUACUCCCCGAAGACAAAGCUGAAGCGGCCAGCACCAACCAGAUUCGCAACCAACUUCGAGAUGCUGCAGUCGCUGAAGGAAUUGUGGAAUGCUCUUGAUCGUUGUGUGUGCGACGCGGGAUGGGUGGACAAGAUGAUGAGGAGUGACCAGUUACUGGCAAUGCAUGAGGUAACAACCAUCGUCCUCGACAAGGGCGACGUUUGGAGCAAUGUGCAAAAGGCACUUCAUGUGAUGCAGCCAGUGGUGGAGCUGCUCCGUUUGGUGGAUGGGCAAGGAACAACCAUCUCAAAGGCUUACUUCAAGAUGGAUCGGGUUGUGCAGGACCUGCGAUUCAACGCGGCUACCCACAUCCCAUGGGCGGACGACGUGUCGGUGGACAAGGAGAUGGAGGAGUGGUAUGUGCGAUGGUUGGAGCGGGUCAAUGAGGAUGUCGAGGAGUUUGUGGAGGUCGACUUCGAUGAUGACGGAGAUGAGAUCCCGAUGCGGAGGACUUUCGUGCGCAAUGACGAAGUUGACGACAGGCUGGUCGAGGAGGAGGAGACUGAACUUGUUGGUACAAGGCAGCGCGACUGGCACGAGUGCACAAAGCCUGGGAAGCACCGCGAGCAAGAGUUGCGCAGGAGAUCUGGUUGCCAGCUGCCCGAGCCUGGAGAGUUGUACACAGAGGCGGGCUACGCUCUCGCAAUGGAAGCGCGACGGGCAGGCACGUGGGUGCAGGGCCGGGACGAGGCGCCAAGAAAGAGGAGAGGGAAAGGCAAGGGCAGGCAGACGGUGAUGGAUGAUGAUCCGCCCGCGCAGAGUGGGAAGAGGAAGGCUGUUCAACAAGAACAACCACCACCGAAGAGGGGCCGUCCAACUUUGGCAGAACAGGCGGCACGCAGGGCGCAGGUGGCUGAAGACAAGGCUGUUGCUGCAGCUGCUGCAGCAAAAGCUGCUGCUGACAAAGCCGCAAAGGCCAAAGCCAGAGCGGCAGCGAAAGCUGCCACAAAGAGCGCAGGUGGAGGGAAGACCAAGAAGUCUGUCGUUGUAAGUGACGACGACGACUUGGAUGUUCCGGAAGGAAGUCUGGACGAGGACGAGCCCGAAGGCUCGUCCACGUCUAGCGACUCAAGUUCUUCAUCGGCGGCCUCAUCAUCUCAGUCAAGUGGGAGGGAAGGCACAGACGGAGAAGGAAGUGAGGGAGGGGCCCAGUUCGAGGACGACGAGGAGGAAGAUCGAGCAGAGGCUGAGUAGAGGGAAGCCGUUCGAUCUAUGAGUUUAGGUAUUUGAUGCUCCAAGUGCACCGUUCU